AUGUACAAGAGUUCAACAGCCUCCAUAAUUAUUGACUGGGAAGACAAGACUUUGCUUCCAGAAUUAGAAGAAUGGCCAUUGUCAUCUCCUGAGGAAGACUUUACACCCCACAUUAGUCAUUUGUGUUGCUGCCCUGAGCCGAUGAAAAUCUCUGCCAGAGGAAGACUCCAGUUCCUUCAACCUGGGCCCCUGAAGCGUGGCUGUCUAGACAUCCAUGCAACAGUCUCCUCCUCCUCCCUCCCUUCUCAAACCCCUCACACACCUCUUACUGUCAUGUCUUUAGAAGUGAAGGAGAAGACCGAGGUGCGUCUGGUGUUCCUGGGAGCCGCUGGUGUGGGUAAGACGGCUCUCAUCCAGCGAUUCCUCCAGGACACGUUCGAACCCAAGCAUCGACGCACCGUAGAGGAGCUGCAUCGCAAAGUGUACGAAGUCGGCGGGAUCAAAGUCACCAUCAACAUCAUGGACACCAGUGGCAGCUACUCUUUCCCUGCCAUGCGCAAACUUUCCAUUCAGAACAGUGAUGCAUUUGCCCUGGUCUACGCUGUGGAUGACCUGUCCUCCCUGGAAGCAGUGAAGCAGUUGAGAGAGGAGAUUUUAGAAGUGAAAGAGGACAAGUUCACGCCCAUAGUGGUGAUAGGGAACAAAAUUGACAGGCGAAAUGAGCGACAGGUGUCCAGCGAAGACGUACUUUCGACUGUGGAGCUGGACUGGAAUCACAGCUUUUUGGAGUCGUCCGCCAAAGACAACAUCAACGUCCUUGAGGCGUUCAAAGAGCUGCUUCAGCAAGCCAACCUGCCCAGUAGACUGAGCCCUGCGCUGGCACGGAGGAGAGAGACUUUUCCCAAGGAUGGCAGCAAGCAUCCACCUAUGAACAAAGCAAACAGCUGUCAAAUAUCAUGA